CUUGAGUGAAAAGGGGAAGAACAUCGGUAAAACAUUGAAGCCUCGACUAUCGAUAAUAUAUACUGCUGACGCUCUGACGUGCUUCAUUUGCCGAUCGCACAGACAUCUGUGUUGGAACAUAUUGCUUCAUAUCGGAACUAGGUGGCGGCAACAGAGGAUGUUACAGAGAUAAUUGCGUACUGAUUACUGGAAGGCUCAGUACCGCGUAUUUAAACAUAGUAGAUAUAUAUAGUUUUGCUUGAAUUAUAAACUGGAUAUUUUCAAGGAAUACACGAUAAAAGUGAAAUAAAAUGAUUCGCGAUGAUUCGGCUUGUACAUAUUUUGAUCUUGACGUUUUAUGAGAAAACGUACAUGGUAUAACAUUUAUACAAUGGAUAUUUUUGUUCUAAAGUGCUAACAUGUGAUAAACCAUGUACUUGCGAUGGACAAUUACCAGAGUGAAAAUUAACGUGGAAUUCUGUGUUGUGGUUGGCGUGUUGUUGUCUAUGAUAAUGGAUGCAUACGGAAUCACAGAAGAAAGUACGCGGCGACCUACCUCAAGACAAGCCAUUCCAAAGUUCGUGCCGACUCCUAUUAACGUAACUGUCCAUCGAGGAGACUUGGCGGAGCUUCAUUGUCACAUAAAAAACCUCGGUCCGAAAAUGGUAGUGUGGCGGAAGGCAUCCGAGGAAAAUCCCCUAACUCUCGGGGAGGUCGUCUUCACUCCGGCGUCGGAAAUCAGCAUCCACCAUGAGCAGAUCUCACAGUCGGACAGCCGCUGGAAUUUGCUCAUCAAGAACGUGCAACCAGAGCACGCGGGCGUCUACGAAUGUCAAAUAAGUGCCACAGGAAUAUAUACACACUAUGUUGCGCUUAAUGUUUUAAAUUAUCCAGCAAAAAGAAAGCCUCAAGUGACAAUAUAUGGAACAGAGUAUGUGAACGAGUACAGUAACAUUCAAUUGACAUGCAACGCAAGCGGUGUUGACAGAGCACCUGACGACAUUGAUUGGUUCUUUGAUGGAACCAAGCUGACGACGUCACAUCCGCAUUGGUACGGGCGGCUAGAGAUUACCAAGCACAGGCCACUUCCGGGGUUGUCCUACAUCAGCGAGAUAACAAUACAACACAGCACCUUGGGUGACAGCGGCAACUAUGUGUGCCGGAGCUCCGAUAUUGAGGUCGACAGUCUCACAGUUCAUGUCCUAAAUGUAAAUAAAGACGGCAGCAUCGUUCCAAGGGCACCAGGAGAAGAAAGCGAUUCCAUAAGGUCAGCUGAGUCUGGAGCGCACUCUGCAGCCUUCAAUCACAAGGAGCCGCAAGUGUUACUUCUAUUCCUUAUAUUGACAGUAACAGCGUGCGUGUGAUUGUUGUAGAACAAUGUUGUUUUGUGAUAUUAUUGACUGUAAUAAAUGUGAGAUAAUUACAUUUCUUUUUUAAGAUCACGACGGCAUAUUUUUGUCGUUGUCGGUUAUAGUGAUUUAUCACAUGCUAUACCCUGUUUCCCAUGUAAUACAACCAUUAAAUUUUUUUUUUAUAUAACACAUGUGUAAUACAUUAUUUUUAAGCGUUUUCAUUGGCUUAGAUUUCGUUUAUUGACCAAUCGCAUUUUGUUAUUUUGCUGAAAUGACGUUGCAACGUCAAAUGACGUCACGAAAUGUAAACAACAUUCGGGAUUUAUCAUUAUGUUUACGUAAAUAUUUAUUUAAUUUGCUCAUUUAAAAGCAUGUGAUAAAAAAGAUCUGACACACGUUGUCAUAUCAUACCAUAUUUUAUUAAACUCGUCCAGGAAAUUCGUUAGUAAGCUCGCCAAAGGCUCGCUUACUAACAAAAUUCCUGAACUCGUUUAAUAAAAUAUGGUAUGAUACGACAACUCGUGCCAGAUCCUAUAUUUCUGUAAUGAUAUUAUGUCAUAUGGCGCUUAAUCGCAUUUAAAGUAAUUGUGUGAUCACAUAAUUUUUAAAGUACGUGUGAUUCAUAUUGUAAAUAGAUCAUCCAUUAUUGUGUUAAUUAUACAAUAAACUUACA